AUGGUCCUGACAUCCCAAACUAACGCCACAUUUAUAGGUGACAACUCCACAGAACCCAACAGUGUCUCGCAAGAUGAUGCCAAGGUAAAGAGGAGCAAGAAAAAGGGCAGCAGUGACAGAGAGGAGCUCAGUGAGAGGAGGAGGGUCAAAGAAGACACCACCUUCUCCCCCACAGGACAUCAGCUUUGGGGCCUCUUCAUCAAAAAACUGAGUUUACCAAAGAGGUGCAGAAAGAGCGAUGAUGAGCCGGGACAAGAGGGUGUGGCCAAAUACUCUCCUAAUCCAGAAUUAUCCUUUGAGUCAGUCCUGGCCACAGCCAGAUUAUUCUACCAGUACUGUCUGUGGGACAGAGGGGACUAUAAACAGACUUCUGUCCUAAAACGCUGGAAGUUAAACUGGUGUGACCUUUGGAUAGACGGGAGUCUUUGCUUCUACAAGAAUGACAGUAGGCGAGAGUUGGAGCACCGCGUCAGCCUCAAGACAGCAUGUGUAGAUGUGAGAUCUGGCCUGGAAUGUGGAGAUGUGACUCCACCAGAGAGUAAUCCCAGAGAGAAUUGCAUUGUGGUUCAGCUCAAAGACGGCUCAACAGUCAAUCUGUGUGCAAACAGUGAGGAUGAAUCCAUAGCAUGGAAACUGACUCUGCUGGACACCAAGAGAAACCCGGUGUUCACAUACGACCCAUAUGAUGACUCCUACCAGGCUGUUCCUAUCAACAGCCAUCAUACUGUCUACAUCACACCUGGAGCAGGACCAGGAACCCACCAGGUGGUUGUUCAGAGGGACCCAUUUGAUGGAGUGUUAGAUAAUCUAGCACUGGGAUUACUGGCAGGCAUGGCAGCAGGAACAGCCAUGCGAUCCUUCCUCUGGAUGCCCUUCUUUUUCUGCUGAGAUGAUCUCCAUUACUGACAUGA